UUACAAAACAAAAUUUACAUUAGCAUUAGUUAACUAUAUAUAAAUAAAAUGAAUUAAAUGAGUUGUAUACCAUGAGCGAUAUAAUUAUUGGUAAUGGCAUUCAAAAAUGGAAAAAAAAAACACAGAAUGGGUGCCAGAAGAUCAAAUGUUCAUUUAAUGAAAAGUAAGCAAGCAAAGCAUUUGUUAUCUCCCAGUAUUGUUCCAGUUGCAAACAAAGAUUUUCUGCUUAAAAUCAUUUCUCCUAUUUUGUGUUUGUGUAGGACAAUUUCUAAGGUUUUUUUGAUACCAAGAUGGUUAAACACAUUUUCACCUGUUGAAAAAAUAGAUAUUCUUGAAAAAAGGAUUUUAUACUUGGAACAUGAAGUUAAUUUAUUGAAAAAUCAAAAUAAACUGUUAUCAAUUUCUACAUGUCACACAAGUCAAUCUACAACUUCUCUGCCCUUGCUGAGUCUUCCUCCACAACCACCUCCACCUCCACCAUUGCCAGUGUUUGUUUUGCCAAGUCAACAUAAUUCAGCAAAUAUAAAAAGUUGUGCAAUGAAUUCAUCAAAAAAUAGGUUAGCAACUGAUGAACUUCUAAAAGAUAUCACAUUGCACAAGGUUCUUCAAACAAAUGUUAAAAAGACUGUUAAUGAAGAAAAAAAAGUCCCACUAGUUAGUGUACAAGAUAUAAAGAAUGUAAAAUUGAAAAAAACUGUUUACAAAAAGACACCACAUAGAACUCCUCCAUUAAAUAUGGCAUCAACUUUGUCUGCACUUAGAGCUAGAAAUGUAAAUAUUAAAAAGUCUUCAGGAAAUAAGAAGUCUCCUGGAGAUAUAAUUCGUCGUCAUCUAAGAAAAGUUCCUGUAAAACGCAGUCCUGGCGGUACUCCAAUGGUGUUAAGAGAUUUUAGUAAAAGUACUGGAGAAGGUCUCACGCCCAUGUUAAGCAAUGCUCUGAAAGAUAAAUUUAAAAAUGCUAACGAAAAUGUAAAAUCAAGCCCUUGCACGCCUAACAUAACACUUCAGUUUGAUUGCGAGGCUGUCUGAUUGAAGCAAGAUAAUUGAUUAAUAUGCACUCGGUUGUUUAUCACGCUAGGGUUGUCAAUAUCUGAUUAUUUAUGCAGUAGAACACAGUCAAAUCUUAAUAAAAAAAUAAGUUUUGCAUUGCGCUUUCAUCCAUAAAUAACCGGGUUUUGACAACCCUAUAUCAUGCCAAAAUUUUGACAACCCUUUAUCACGCCAAACCCUUUUUAUAUAUACACUUAAAAGUAUACACGGAUGAAGAUUAAUCUUUAAUAUAUACAUUUUCGGA